AUGAUUUUCAUCGUAGGAACGGACAGACAUGACAUUCUGCUUAUGCACCGCAAAUACGGCCCAGCUGUGCAAUUGGGUCCUCGGGAAAUCUCCUUCUGCCACGCCGAUGCGUUACCACAGAUAUAUGCAGGGCCAAAGGGGCUGGAUUCGGGAGACGCCUUGCUAGCACUUCGGAACUACGGGACCGAUAAUCUUAUAACGACCCUUGAUGCGGAUUUGCAUGCUGCUCGCCGAAAGAUGAUUAUCGGUUUGUAUUCCGGGCCUGCGGUCGCUGCUCCGGCCUUUCAAGCUGGCUUUAAGAAGUACAUUGAGCAGUUCAUGCAAGUCAUAGAAGCAAAAGCCACUGCAUCUCCUUGCAGAACGGUCGAUGUCUCUUCCUGGUUGAGAUGGUUAACUGGUGAUAUCGUCAUCCAUCAUGUCUACGGAGAGAAGAACCAUCCCAAUCUUUUGAGAGAAGAGAAGUCGAGGGAAACAUUUAAUGAGCUGUUCGCUACCACCAUGGACACUAUGACCGGACCUUUUGCAAUCCUUGCGGGAUGGUUUCCACGUUUGACUACGCCCCUUAGGAAGUCUCUCGCACCCGACAAGAUCGGACGGUCUAUGAUGGAACAGGUUGAAUCAGCUAUUAUUUCCAAAGUCCCUGAGAAUAAAGAGACUCCUGUCACUCAUCUUGAGCAGCUCACUUCCAUUUUGAAAAAGGACGGGCCCUCACAUAUCCUUCCAGAUAAAAAUUUCAUCGCCAGCGACUGUUUCGACAAUUUUGCUGCUGGCUCAUUUAUCCCGGCCGAUUUGCUUUGUGCAUUGGUCUGGGAGCUUUCCCUCCCUCAAAACAAAACCUAUCAGAAUAAACUUCGACAGGAGCUGCACGACGCCGGGAUCUCUCCGGGGACAUACCCUGAUCUUUCGGUGGUUCAAAAACUUCCGUAUUUAGACGGCGUGUUGCGCGAAGUGCUUCGACUUUAUAUACCCCUUCCCUUCGGUUUGCCCCGGGUGGUGAAGAAAGGCCAGGAAGUGACCGUGCUAGGGACCAAGAUACCCGCGGGGAUGACAAUUCAUUCCCAGGCGUAUUGCCUCCAUCGGGACCCCAAUGCAUUUCCAGACCCGGAAAAUUGGAACCCAGAACGCUGGAAUAUCCCAAUCAUGUCCCCCAAAUAUCGAGAGAUGCAACGCAUGUUUUGGCCUUUUGGCUCGGGACCGAGAAUGUGUUCUGGUAAAAAUGUCGCGUGGGCAGAACUCCGGCUUACAACUGCCAGGAUAUAUAGCACAUAUGAGACUGCGCUGGAUCAAGCUUUUCUUGACAAAAACGGCGCUUUGCUUCCUAACCAGGAGAGAAAGGGGUAUUUCCCCUUUAAGCUAGCAGAGCCCAUUCGGUUCUUGAAAGUUUGA